GAAGAUCUCGAGAAAUCUACGAGAUCACGUGACAUAUAUGCCAACAUGGCGACAGUUUUUUUUUCGUUCUUCACGUCGCAGCAUCGAGUUUCCUCACACUGUUAUUUCGCCCGGAAAAAUUGUGGAUACCCGAUAGUAAUAAAUUAACCGGCGAUCUUACAACUGAAAACGAAUUUUUAUCGGUCGACCAUCCCGUCAAGGGUUGCGGCAGGGGGGAAAUUCGUAGGCUAUCCACUAGAAAAGCGACGUUAACGCAGUCGCGAUGACGAAACAAGCGUAGAGAAAAAAGAAACUAGGUUUGAUACUCCACCGAUGCUCCAUACUUUUGUCGGCCAUAUUUGAAACCAGGUGAAAGUGUGGUGGCUGCACUACAAUCGAGUACCACGUCGAAUACACGGGAUGAGAGAGAGAGAGCGCGGUGGUUGCUUUUGCGUCCUUGAAAAAGUUUACGUACGUGCGUGUCCGGGGUUACGUCGAGUGUUAAAUUCCUGUCGAGAUAUGUGCCGUCAGAGUUGAAACCCCAUUGUUUAUUAAUAUAUUGUUUAUUUUCUUUUUUGUUAUUGCUUCGCAAGCUUUCGCGCCUCCGUAAUCCGCUGAACAGUCAGACAAACACGUUAUACAAACAGUGUUCCUAAAGUUUGUCUGUCCGUCGUGCGGUGUGAGCGGCCUGAACUUCUACCAUUAAGUUCUUUGAGGUUUCCCAAUUCCGCCGUCAGAUGCCGACACGAGUGGCUAGCGAACGAACGCCAUUUUCCACUGGUUCCAGAAGCUCUCACGUAGACCGUGGAACAAACUCUCCGUCCAGCUGCAUGAGAGUUUCUCGCAUCUCCGCUAGUCUGUGAAUGCGUCGCGGUAGCUUUUCGGAGAGGAAAAGCGGAUCCGCGUCUUUGUUUUCCCCGAUAUUCCGCGAGAGGGGUUUUCUAGCGCGUCGUGCUGCCACCUCGACUCAAGUCCGUGUCACAUCACAGAUCGCGUGUUCCGUCCUUACUCCACGAGACGCCAACGCCAGUUCGGCAUAUUAAUAAACAAACGCGAAAACGUCCCAUCCUCGUCAUCCUCGACGUUGUCAACGCUCCACGGCCUCCGGACAGAUAUCAACGAUACCUCAACCGCCGAAUAGGAGGACUGCACACAUGACGAGGUUUCUAUGAUGUCGGGUGGCGACGGUGGCACUGCAGGAAUAGUCGGUAAUAACAGGACGACGACGAUACCCAGUAUAAAACAGGAGGUUGAAAAUCCUACAACGCCGUCGCAGAAUUACCACCAAGUUUGUUCGCCCACCACGACCCUCCACCACCAAGAUGUGGUAUGCGGUCAGGUGGACAUUCCUGAUUACGGGGGUGGAGGAGGAAGUCCCGGAAGUCCUGAAAGGCAUCACUGUUCGUCGACAACGCAACCAAUGGGAAUGGCAGAGGGCGGUAUCAAAGAGGAAGACAUGCUGCCUAGGAGAUUGUGUCUGGUUUGCGGAGACGUCGCCAGCGGUUUUCACUACGGCGUCGCAUCCUGCGAGGCUUGCAAAGCGUUCUUUAAACGAACGAUACAAGGUAGGCUACAAGGCAAUAUCGAGUACACUUGUCCGGCGAACGGCGAAUGCGAGAUAAACAAGAGAAGACGAAAAGCCUGCCAGGCUUGCAGGUUUCAAAAAUGUCUGAGGCAAGGAAUGCUCAAGGAAGGUGUCAGGCUCGACCGAGUUCGGGGUGGUCGGCAAAAGUACCGGAGAUCCACCGAGCCUUACGCCAUGAUGGCGAGCAUCAAACUCGAAGCUAACGUUGGACCGACGACGGUUGCGUCCGGCGAAACGAAUAACAAAAUGGUCGAGGCUCUGAUAUCCUGCGAACCGGACAUGCUUCAGGCAUCAAGUCCUUCGCUUACUUUGGACACGGAUCAGCGAGUGCUCGGACAACUUUCCGAUCUUUACGACAGAGAGUUAGUCGGUAUUAUAGGAUGGGCCAAGCAGAUACCCGGCUUUAGCGGGCUGGCUUUGAACGAUCAAAUGCGUCUGCUUCAGAGUACUUGGGCAGAAAUUCUCACCUUCAGUUUGGCAUGGAGAAGCGUACCGAACAGUGGCAAGCUUAGAUUUGCCCAGGAUUUUACCCUAGAUGAAAAAAUUGCCCGGGAAUGUCACUGCGUCGAACUUUACUCACAUUGUAUACAGAUAGUGGAACGACUACAGCGACUGAGCUUGUCGAGGGAAGAAUUUUACGUACUAAAAGCACUGGUGCUUGUGAACAGCGACGCAAGAUUGGACGAGCCUCAGUCUUUGGUUCGUUUUCGAGAUGUGAUACUGAAUUCCCUUUCCGACUGCGUUGCGGCAGUUCGACCAGGUCAGGGUAUACGAUCAACGCAAAGUAUGUUCCUAGUCCUGCCGAGUCUCAGGCAAGCCGACGGUAUUGUUAGAAAAUUUUGGACCAGUGUUUAUAGGACUGGCAAAGUACCGAUGAACAAAUUGUUCGUCGAAAUGUUGGAGGCUGCUUGUUAUCGAUGAAAGAGAGGAGACGAAGGAAGGAAAAUUGUUUGUUUCUUAUUUUUUCCAAUCGUUAUUUUUUUAUUUUUUUUUUUCUCGCAACGACAUUUCUCUCCACUUUUUGUCCACACUACACAAAUACCUGUUGUUAUCAUUACUAUUAUUAAUAUUACUAUUACUAUUAUUACCAUUACUACUAAUAUAUUGUUUUAUGUACAUUAUUGUUAUUAUCGUAAGGAUUAGCUACUUUGUAAUUUCACAUCACAAUCGGCUUCGGCUCCCUAUUAUUUAUUUAUUUGUUACAUCGUUACCCUUUGAAUUCAAAGUAUUUAGAUUUUACUUUCGCAAUUCGUUGUCUUCACACACACACACACACACAC